AAUCAACCACAAAUAAAAAUAACACUCACACGAUCUCAUUGACUCUUCAUCUCUCUCUAUCUCUCUCUCUUCAUUUCUCUCUCUGUGGGUGCCAAUGGCGGAUCCAAUCUCUAAAGCUCUGAUCGCUUUUCUGCUCAUAGCUUCUCUCUUGCUAUGCUCCCACGCUUCCUCCGACGUUCCCUUCAUCGUCGCUCACAAGAAGGCUUCUCUCAACCGGCUUAAGACCGGCGCUGAAAGAGUCGCUGUCACCAUCGAUAUCUACAACCAAGGAACUUCGACGGCAUAUGAUGUGAGUCUGGCAGAUGAGAGUUGGCCAACCGACCUUUUCAGUAUCAUCAGCGGUACCACUUCAAAGACCUGGGAAAAGCUUGAUGCUGGUGGUGUCCUCUCUCACACAUUUGAGCUGGAGGCAAAAUCAAAGGGAGUAUUUUCUGGUGAACCAGCUGUCAUCAAGUUCCGUGUCCCUACAAAUGCUGCUUUACAGGAGGCAUUAUCAACUCCCAUAUUGCCUUUGGAUAUUCUUGCUGACAGGCCUCCAGAGAAGAAAUUUGAAUGGGUAGGUUUCUUGAAUACCUGACGAUUGCAUUAAUCAAUCUAAUCAUUGACUGACACGUUGCUUUUUUGUUUUCAUGUAUUUAUAUUUGGUUGGACUGGAUUUCUCAGGCUAAGGUAUGGACAAGUAUUUUAUGAUUUGUAAUUGCAAUUUUUGAAAUUAUUAUGUGAAUGAUAUAAAUUUGAAUUUAGCAUGAGAGGGCUGCCUAUUUUCAUAAUUGAUUUUGCAAGUUGCCUCUCAUGAGUGGAUCUCAUUCACACUGUUGGUGCGACUUUUUCCACUCUUGAGAAAUGGAUGGUUUUGUGUGUACUGAUGCAAACAACCGGGGUUUAUUGGUUUAAGAAACUUUUUUUUUUGUUUUCACUUUUAAUUACAGAACUGUCACCUUAUUUUCAUUUUGUUUUAUGUUUUCAAAGACAUGGUGCCAACAAAUAAGUUGUUUUAAUUGUAACCUGUACAAACCCUUAAAAAUAGGAACAAAAUGAAAACGAAGUAGUGCAGAUUUGAAGUUAAAGCUGCAUCAGUAAUUGAAAUAGAAAAUAUUUUCUCACCAUGUUUUUCUUAUUAGUGCACUUUUCUCUCCUAGUGUUCCACAUAGAAACAACAUCAAAACAUAAAAAUCUUCUGCAUGAUGUGUUCUUUUUAACUACCUUAUUGAUUUAUCAUAGUAUAAUAACUUUACCUUACUGUCAAAAAUAUUUUUGUCCACAGAGGUUGCUGGCUAAGUAUGGAUCUUUAAUCUCGGUGAUCAGCAUUAUUGUUAUGUUCGUGUACCUGGUAGCUACCCCAUCAAAAUCAGGAAAAGGAGGCAAGAAGAAGAGAAAUUAGUACCGUUACAAUCAGACAUCGGAGGCUAGCGCGUGAUAUUCUGUCUGCGGUCAGUUUUCACCUAGUUAGAACACAUGUUUUUGAACUUUUUGAAUGAAUGGUUAAAUGAGUUAGUGAGAGAACAAUUGUAAUUUCUUGACGGCAUACCUGGACAGUUGUUUUCAGUUAUCACAUGAAUGUUAUGGAUCUUAGCUAGCAAA